AUGGAGCAGGAAACCUUUGAAGAGCAAGAAAUCACCGUUGCGGACAUUAACGCCAAUGUCCCGCAAGAGGUGCAAAACUACCUCCGCUCGUUCAACAAGGCCAUUCAAGAGAAGAGCCUCAAGGAAAUCGAAGAGCAUUACGAAUACAAAUGGCGUCGCACCACCGACCAAUACUUCAAGGACAGCCGAUGGCCCGAGCCCGUGUACAUCCAGGCCAUGUUCGAGCAGGAAGGCCAGGAGGACUCGUACUUCGUUUCGUUGUAUCCCGAGCUCUACUACCGUGAUGUCUACUACCGUUCCAGCAACACCAACAUUGAAAUCACCGUGGAGGAUCGCCAUGCCUCGUACGACCACUACAUUGAGCUCAUCAACAUGUUUGUCGAGCCGGAUGCGCCUCUCGACCUCGAGCUGCCUAACAAGUGGCUUUGGGACAUGAUUGAUGAGUUCUUGUACCAGUUCCAAGACUUUGUCAUUUUCCGAUCCCGCGUUGAUGACGCCAAGACCGAGAGCGACUAUCAGGAGAUCGCCGAGCGACCCAACGCCUGGAACGUCACCAUUGUUCUCAACGCCCUGCACUCCCUCAUUCUCAAGAGCGAAAUCAACGAACAACUCGAGGCCUACCGCAGCGGCCAAAACCCCACUGAGAUGGCUGGUGCCUUUGGCAAGAGCAGCCUCUACAAAAUGCUCGGCUGCUUCUCCCUUGUCGGCCUUGUCCGUCUGCAGUGCCACCUUGGCGAUUAUCGUCAAGCUCUGCAGAUCAUGAAGAACGUUGAUCUGGAUCGCCGUUUCAUCUUCUCUCUCGUGCCGGCCUGCAACGUAUCUCUCCACUAUCAUCUCGGAUUUUGCUAUUUGAUGUUGCGCCGUUAUCAGGAUGCCUUCCGUCUGUUCGAGUCGAUUCUGAUCCAAAUGGCCAGCCACCGUGGACCUGGUCAUUACGAUGGAGGCCGCAAACGCGACACCAUUGUCUGCCUCCUUGCUCUCGCCUACAGUCUGCUGCCCCAGCGCCUUGAGCGCUCGGUCGAGCAUCUGAUGAACGAGAAGGAGGGUGAGAACAUUCGCAAGAUUCAGUCUGGCGAGGGUGCCGAUGAAGCCAUCAACCAUCUUCUGCUCCGUGGUGCUCCUCGAUUCCUUUGCCCCUUUUUGGCGGACCCCCAACAACCUCCUGAGGAGGACGUGCUCAAGGCUGAGUCUGAGCGACAAUUGGAACUGUUCAAGCAAGAGGCAAAGCAGUUGAUCCUUUUGGGUCAAAUCCGCAGCUACCUCAAGCUCUACACGCGCAUGAAGCUCGAGAAGUUGGCCAAGUUCUUGGAACUGACGGUGCCGCAGCUGCGAUCAAUGUUGCACAGCUUCAAGCACAAGAUGAGCCAGAUUGUUCAUACUCCUGGAGGCGAGCCGCUGGCCGGCGAACGUCAGUUCACGGACAGCGUUGACUUUUAUGUUGAUGGCGAUGAGAUCUGCAUUGCCACCAUGACUGUCAAGAAGAGCUACGGCGACGAUUUCUUGACAGCUUCCCUGAAGAUGGUUACGUCUAACCGAUAAACGCUUCCUGUUGACGCUUGUCCAAGCGCAUGUUCUUUUGAACCCUUCUUUCGUUUUCAUGUGCCGUCCUUUGAUGUUGCCUUGUUUUCUGUCCUUUCCCCAUCCAGCCACCCCGAGAGGCCAUGCCUCAUUUUUUACUUUGGUUCACCUGCCCCCCUUUUUUAUGCCUUUUUCUUUUUCUUUUUUUCUUUUUUUUUUUUUUUUUCCUUCGCUUGACUUUUUCCUUGGCAUCGAUGAGUGAUAUGUUUUCUGCGGUAUGUGACUGACGGUGGCGGUCAACGGUGGCCUCGCCACGUCCACGUAUGCUGUGAUGCCAGCGUGUGCUCCUCCGCCCAACUUCCUUCUCCGCCUUUGUAUGUUUAUUGAACCCGACAACCAAAUUGGAAAGAUCAAACUG